CGUGACUAUCAUCCUGCAAAACUCUUUUCCAACAACAUUGACCAUCCAACCACAUUCAUGCGGUGCCGUCUGUUCACCAACACCCGAACUACUUAGUCCUGGCCGAACUCGUCUUGUCGGUAUCACUACUCCGACAUAUCGUGUCCCUACAAAUGCAUGUGUGCGGGGCGUCUCUCUGACCAACUUAUAUGCACGCCUCACGCCACAAUCUUUCCGUUCUGACCCCUGCCAUCCAGCCGCAUCUCGAGUCUAUUCCCCAGCCAUGUGCAACCAACCAUUUCCGUCCUCUGUUACAAUUCUCCUUUGUCACUAGGCCAUGCCACUCUAUCUCACCGCUGCCCACUCAUCAAGAGUCCAAAAGCCGGCAUCCGCUUCCGUCACCGGCUCCCGGCGUCACUCCUCGGCACCCUUCUCGAAUAUUCCACGCACAAAGUCAUCGAUUCAGAGAACAAAGUCUCUAGGUGAAGUUCUCGAGAAUGACCUCGACGACCAGAUUGAUGACGAGGACGAUCAUGUCCUGGACCAGACUGGAAAGGUUUUGUCGGUUCUGCGGGUCGACGAUGCCAAAACUGUCCUCGCCGCCAUGAGACAUUCCCAGCAAUCAAUGUUCGCCCCGCUGCCUGACCGUGCCGGGAUGAACAGUGUCCGCAUAUCUGAAGUCCUCAAUUUUCAGAAAAACAUGCCCCCUAUUGUCGCUCUAGCACAUGUCCACGCUCUUCUCGCCGCCUCGUCAAAGACAGAGCGAGAAAUCGCCACCCUGCAGUCUUCCGGUAAGCUUCGCAAAAUCAAAGUUGUCGGCCGGGGAAAUGAUAUCAGUGGCAUCAGCGAAGCCUUGAUUACCGUCCAAGAUUAUGAGGCUUUGCUGCAGAGAAGUCGAAUCUCACCCGAGAUCCUGAACGACUUCUGCAAUCUUCUGCGCCGUUACCCCCGUUCCACCUCAUUUCCCGCCCACGAGCUACCGUCUACCCAUGUAAGCUCCUUAACUCGCACAGGAUUUCUUGUCUCUUCUUCUUUAUCCGGCUCUCGCAACCUAUCACUGGCUGGCUCCAGCCUUGUCUCCAUGCCGACUAUUUCACGUGCUGCUUCGGGAUCCAGCGGUGCUGUCGGUGGUGACGCUGCUUUCGAGAACUUGGGUGGUACCGGUGGCGCAUUACGGCUGAACCAUGCAUCCACCCAUGGGCAAACCGGCCAACUGGCACUUUCUGUCCCCAAUAUCGGACCAUACCUAAGACUCUUGAGUGCAGGGAGGUCACAUCUUCUGGAGCUUCUUGGAAAAUCAAAGUAUCGCGAAGCACCACUCUAUCUCCUUCGAGAACGCUGGGAUGGUGCAGUUGACACGGACAGCCGCCCCUCCGCCGCCAAACAACUCAGAGGAGAAUUUUCUGGGAUAAUGCCAUCUAAAACCAAGAAAUGGAAGGACUUGUAUGGCCUCAACUUUGAUUGGGCUCUUGAAGAAUGCCUCGGUGCUGGUCUGAUCGAAUUGUUCGAGACCAGAAGCGUAGGUCUAGGUGUCCGUGGCUUAGCAUGAGUAUGUCGUUGCAUUCACAUCUGGCCCGCAAGCAUCCAUUUACUUUGUCAUAUAUAGUCGGAUCAAUACUGAAUGCAAAGAUUCCAAG